UCGUUGGCCAGAGUAACGGUAGCGACACUCGCCCCAUCAAUUGUCUGCGUGUGUUGACGUUUGUUGGACUACAACAGUAGUUCGUAACGGGGUCCGCCCGUUGUUCAGGAAAAUGGUGUGUCAAUUAGCGCUGAUAGUCUGGUUAAAUGGGUUUUUGUGUUGAAAGAUGAUCGCUUCACUCUCGAGAGGAAGUUUGUUGGAUGAGGUUCUUCAUGGGGGCUACAACGAGCAACAGUUGGCAGCCUAUGUGUCCUGGGUGAACUCUCAGCUGAAGAGGAAACCGGGCCUGAAGCCUAUCACAGACCUCAGGCACGAGCUGCAGGAUGGAGUUGUGCUUGUGCAGCUAAUCGAGAUAGUUGCUGGAGAAGUGUUGGAGGGAGUGUAUGUUCCUCCCCAGAACAAGGAGGAGAGCAGGAAGAAUGUGGAGGAAGUAUUGCAGUUCAUUUCCUCCAGACACAUUUGCAUGCCUCACAUAUCCGCAAGAGAUAUUGUCGAUGGUAAUCUGAAAUCUGUGAUGAGGAUCAUUCUGGCCCUCGCAGCCCACUUCAAACCUUCAGCCAGUCAUAGGGCCGCUUGUGGAGGCGGGAGGAGCUCGACAAGAGGCCCUACAAGCCAUAACCCUCGGUCCACUGUUGCAUUAGCUCAAGGUGCUGCUGCCGCGCUGGCAUCUGCCCGACUGGAUGCCUCUCGACCCACACGUGCCACAAGGAUCCACAGUGGCAGGGCUUUGGAUGGGGAUAAGAACGUGUGUGUUCGCGCCUUGGUUCAGCAGUAUGAGAGAGGAGGGGCAGAUGAGCAGGACAACUCUCAGCCUUGCAGCCUCAGCGCUGUCAGCCCCCUCUCAUCACCCAGAGCUGAGCAGAGCAGCCACUCAGACGCUCUGCAGCAGGACUGCCCGCUUCAGGAGAGCUAUGAAUCAUCCCACACUGGAGAGGAGAUGGCGUGGGAGGAUUCUCUCAGAGACGCUUUGGAGAUGGAAGUCCAGGAGACUCGGAAAAUGGUGUCUGCUUUACAGGCACUGUUGCUGCAAGGCUCUCUGCCUGAGGAUGGUCAAGACGUGUCGGUGACUUUGGACUCAUGUAGCCCUGAGCAACAACUGGUCGUCGUUCGCGGCCGUUUGGAUCAGAGCAUGGAGGAGGUCCGGGAGCUAAAGAGGGAGCUAUUACGCUGUAAGCAGGAGAUAAUAAACCUGCAAGGAGUCAAGGGUGCCCAGCAGCAGAGACUCUGCACUCAGGAAGCAUCAAUACUGCAAAUGAAGCAAGAGCUUCUGAGAGGCAGCAUGAUGAAGGAGGAGCUCAGCAACCAGAAUGCAGAAUUACGGUGGAAGCUCGAAGAAUGCAACAGGCUGUGGGGCGAAUCCAAGAAGGACCUCGGACAGAGAGAUAGACAUCUUCAACAGUUCAAACACAAGCUGGAACAAUGCCAAAAGCUCCAGACUGAAUUAGAAAGAGAGCUGGAGCAUAAAACCAGCAUGCUGCAGGAGCUAAAGAGCAGAAAUCUCACACAGACCUCCACCAGCCCGGAAAAUAACGGGUAUUCCUACUGCGGAAAUUCUGCCCCCUCGAUGUCAGGACAGGCAGAGGAGGUUCAGCUUCUCAGAGACGCACUGGGGAGUCUGAGGAACAACUUCAGAGAUCACGACCCGCAGCAACACACACUGGACACCCUGGAGCAGGGAAUAGUAUCCCUUAUUGACAGACUGCAUGUUCUGCACACACACAGGGGAAGGGGAAAAUCUCCAAGACGCAAAGGUCAGCACUCAGGUUUGGACUCCUGGCCCUCCACAAAGAAUGAUCAGUCUCACAAUGGCUCUCCACCCUCCACUAAAAUCCUUUAUUUUACGGGAAGAUCACCAACACCUUCCAUGAUCAGUAUACCAAAGAGGUUGGGCGAGGUGACUCUGAAGGAUGUUAAGACAGCUGUUGACCGAGAGGGGAACUACAGGUACCACUUCAAGGCUCUUGACCCAGAGUUUGGAACUGUGAAAGAGGAGGUGUUCCUGGACGGAGCAAUCGUUCCAGGCUGGGAGGGAAAAAUAUUAGUUUGGCUGGAAGAAGACUGCGGCGAGCACAGGGCUCUGUAGAUUUUAUGUGGAGGAUCUGGAUUAUUCUGAUCCCACACAUCAACCUGCACAUCCAGCCAACUGUUCAGAAAAAGGCAAAAGAGCACUCGUAGGAAACUGGACUUGUCUGCACAAUACUGUAAAAAGAGAGAGAUGUGGGUUGAUCUACAGGUACCAGACCAGCCUAGAAACCCUACUCGCUCUGGAUGCUGUGCACAUCGGUAGCUGAUGUCAUGUGAUAGCAUUUAACUCCGUGCCUUAUAAAAGAAAACUGUUUCUGCCACGAUCUUAUCUUUGACAGGCUGUAAGUGUAAGUAUCCUACAGGACUCAAGUAGUCAGGAAUAUUCUUUUUAAUUUCCUGUACCUAAAACUGUGGUGUUCUCGUAUUGCCUCCAGUUGGGGCUAGAUGUUUGCAUUAGGAACUAGAAAAAUUACAUUUCCAAUGUUUAGUUUAAUUCUCUGAAGUUAUGCCUUCAGAACAUUCAACACAUUAUGAAAAUGUCUGUUUUCAGUCGUUUUUUUUACUCUGGCACAUUUGACGUUUUUUUAUUGUGAAAGUAAAGUUAAAAAACAGUAUUAUUAACUAAUUCAAGACAAUAUAUAAAAUAUAUGAAAAAAUGUAUUGAUGAAAAGUGGUUAUUACAUUAGUUGCAAUACUGUAUGAUGAUGGGUCAACAGUCAAGUGGAGAUGUCCACAGGAAAAGUUUACUGCAACCGAAACAAAAACUCAAACUAAAAUAGGACCCAAAUCCAGAGUUUUCAUAGCAGUCUGUAGCACACCAGCACAUAUCGCUCGUUAUGCACUGGAACUUUUUAGUUCCUGUAAAUACAUAAACAAACAAGCCUUUUUUCUUAACCAUUUUAUGGGUUUGUUUGUUUUUCACUGUAUCUUUAAUAUUUGGAAAUAUUGAACAACAUUUUUUAUGUUUAUUGCUCUUACUUGUUAUAAAAGAGGUUAUUUGCAAAUGUCUUUUCUUUUGUCAAAAAAGAUACCAUGAUGUGAUUUUUGUAUUGGAGGGUUGAAAGAGAUUUUUGUUGUGCAACAGUUAGCUAUCCUGCUAUUUAUGUGUGCAUGAGUUUGAGGACUUAAAGUGACUGUAACACAUUAUUUCUUACACUUAUCUCAUUGGAUCAAAGUGUAUUCCCUCAUAAACAAGCCAACAGAAAUAUGUUUAAGUCUGGAUUCUAAUUUCCAUUUGAAUGAUGUGGCUACCUGAAUAUACUGUUUGCUAGUGAGAUGUUUUUUCUUCUUUUUUUACAUUUCAAAUAUAUGGAUACUAUGUGUUCAAGAAAACCAAGAAUUGCCUUUGUUAAAUGUUUGAGACAUACAUUUUGAAAUAAAGCCUGAUUUCUGUUUUUAUUGAGAUGUCAGUGUUUCACUUUCACAUGCUGCGCUCUUUAGAAAAAACUGUAUUUUAAGGCUCAGCCUUUACUUUUAUGUCGCUUGUGCUGGACGGGGA